GUCUUCUUCUCGGAGCACAAAGUGAAAACGCAUCUCGGUGGGAUCCCGCUGCGUCCUCCUCACACGUUACAAAGCCCACACGGAUUCACAAGGGCAGACCUUAACCGCAUCUGACGCUUUCAGGGACCUUUUUAUUUUUUAUUUUCUUGGGUUUUUAUUUUAAUUUUUUUAUUUGGACGUGAAAUCUCUUUUUUUGUCCGCGGGAUACCGAUGGCCACCACCACCGCCGUCCCCAGCAUCAGCACCAACACCAACACCACCGGAGGGCCGUCGGGCCAGCCAGGACGGCCGGGAUUCAACCAGCACACCUAGCAGGCUGAGGAGGCCCCGCAACCAGACCGACCGAGCUGCCUUAACUGACCUUUGACCUUUUGACCAGAGCAAACAGGACCCGUCACCGCCAUCCCGCCUCCUCAUCAUGACGCAGCAGAGGGUCGACUGAUUCAAACCGGAGAGAUCCGAAAGAUGACCGAGAGCCGGAGGAGGAGGGAGCCGAGAGACGCCGAACGGCAAGAAAAUUAGGAACGCAAAGGAUGUGAAUGUGGCACCGACGCUGACCGUUUCCCCCCUCUCCUCCCCACCCCCCCAUGUGCUGUUCGUUAACCCACAAACCCGGCAUCAGAAAACCAAAAAACAAACCCCAAAACUUCCAGCUUUAUAGGAACCAACAAUGUAGAGGGGAGACAGCGCCGACGAUUGUUGAUUCAUAAGCUGUUACGCUGAACUACCAAACACCGUCACAGCGAUUGUCUCUCGCCGACGAAAUCUGGAGCCGAAAUCGGUUUCAACGGCAACCGCGCUAAGAUUGUGUUACGGUUAAAGACGACCAAAUCCCAGCCACCGCAAGAUUGUACAACUAACGCAAAACUGUCUGGAGAUAUGUAUAUUAUAUACACGUUGGAAUAAAAGUUGGAAAAAAAAAACGUACAAGGUGGAAGGAAGAAGAAAAACUGAUCUACGGUUUGCACAGAAACACAUUUUUUUUUUGGACGUUUCGGGAAGUCGAAGCGGAGCGAGACUCCACGAUGACGCACCUGCACGCCGGCCUGAGCGCCGAGACCACGGAGAAGGCUCGCUUAGAGCUCAACGAAAACCCCGACACUCUGCAUCAGGACAUCCAGCAGGUGCGAGACAUGAUCGUGACGCGGCCGGACAUCGGUUUCCUGCGGACGGACGACGACUUCAUCCUGCGUUUCCUGAGAGCCAGAAAGUUCGACCAGAUGGAAACCUUCAGGCUGCUGGCCCAGUACUUCCAGUUCAGACAGCAGAACCUCGACAUGUUCCAGAGCUUCAAGGUGGACGACCCGGGGAUUAAGCGGGCAUUGAUGGACGGCUUCCCCGGCGUGCUGGAGACUCCGGACCAACAUGGGCGAAAAAUCCUCAUCCUGUUCGCCUCCAACUGGGACCAGAGCAGGAACUCGUUCACGGACAUCCUGCGGGCGAUCCUUCUCUCUCUGGAGGUUUUGAUCGAGAACCCGGAGCUCCAGAUCAACGGCUUCAUCCUCAUCAUCGACUGGAGCAACUUCUCCUUCAAACAGGCGUCCAAGCUCACGCCCAACAUCCUCAAACUGGCCAUCGAGGGCCUGCAGUCUCUCCUGUCUCCUCCUCUAACUGCGAACGUCGAGUCUCUUGAGGAGGUUCUUAAUAUUUUAGCAGACGAGGGCUCUGAUUGGAUGUAUGGCUUCUUCACCUUCCUUUACGACGUAGUGGCGUCGCCCGUAGAGCGCGACGAGAAGGAGGAGGGGAAGGAGAAGGAGGAGGGGAAGGAGGCGCCGGCCGAGACGCGAGAGGAAGGAGGCCCGGCCUCCGAGGAUGAGGAGGUGACGGGGGUCCUACUGGACCUCCAGAACCAAUAG